AUGCGCAUCAGCAAUCUAAGAAUCAGCAGCUUUGCGACCAUCACUCUACUCCUGCUGCCAGCCGCCACGUCUGCUGGCAAAUGGGGCGAUGACGUGUCCGAAACCAUGGACUGGAAUAACCUCUGUAACUUCCUCCCGCUACUCGGAGCAAACGGCACUGGUCCAGAAAAGACUUGCUCAUCCGUGAGACCAUUAAACACGAACGGCGGCUCAGAGGGCAUGUAUGGAGGCAGCUACUACACAAGCAAAGAGGCAGGCACCACACCAGCACGCUCAAAGUGCCGUGACCUCACACCCGAUGCUAUCAAUGCGGAAGGUCCCACGGGCGAUUUUGUUGUUCUGUACAAUUACUGUACUAAUGGCACUGGGUGGACACAUCUCAAGAUCUAUGAUCAGAAAGGCUGUCCCGGGCUGCUUUCGAGGCCGAAGACUAUGAUAUAUGACGUUGUCAGCAGCUUUACGGAGUAUUUCACGACUGGACAGCCAUAUUGCAUAAGCCCUGGCUUCAAGGUCAAGAGCUUCUUGUACUUGAAACCAUAA